UGAAAAUGGAAGGAAUGCGGAUGAGAAGAAAAUUCUUCAAGCUUUCCAUAAAAGAAAGCUUCUUUUACAUGUGAUGAUGGAGCACCGCACAUGUGCCUGCAUAGUUACUGUGGAUUCAUUAUAAACUCUCUUGUGGGACACUUUGGAUUUUAUUAUCAGAGACUCUGCAAUCUUCACGUGUUCUAGCUCUGUUUCCUGAUCUGCUUUCUUCCUCUGCAAAUCUUAUCUGUUUCUAUCAACUGGGUUUUUUUUUUUCUCGGUAAUUUUCUGGUCAAAAAGAAAGUUCAGUUGUUAUUUUGGAAAAGUAUUGGUUUCGUUGGUUUGGAACUUUGGCCACCCAGAAAAAGGGAGUGAAAAAAACAAGGAGUAUGGAAGGCAAUGAUCAAGUGGGUUCUUCCUCCUCCUCAUUCACUGAUCUUUUUGGCGCCAAGGAGCCAAAAUUAUCUUCAAAGGGGACUACUUUUGCAUCUAUGUUCCCACCUCCAUCUGUGGUAUUGUCUUGUAUCAAUUCAAUACUUGUUAUGGAUGCUCUCUGUAUGGUUUUAGGAAGGAAAUCAUCAAGCUCUGAAGUCAUAGGAUCUUGGGAGAAACAGUCCUCAGUAAAUCAAAGGUGGUUUAACAACCAAGGUACUGAGGGUGCAAACUGUAACAUACCCAACAAGGGAAGGAGUUCAAUUUUUCAGGAAGAAAGGGCAGAACCAUGUCACCUUAGCUCAUCUCUGUACUAUGGAGGGCAAGACAACUAUUCUCACUCAUUAAGUAACCAAUCCAAUCAAUCAUAUUCAUACCUCAUAAUCAAGAAAGAAGGAGGAUAAGGUGAUUCUAAUGGAAACAGUCCGAACGACGCCGCUAGAGGAAAUUGGUGGCAAGGUUCUCUUUAUUAUUAGGAACUUCACCUCAGAUAUGAAUUCUCCAUCUAUUUUCUUGAGGGAUUAAUGAAGCUUAUGAGGCAACAAGACUAGCCCAUGUGGAAUAUAAAUAAGUAGCUGACAAGCAUAUAUAGCUUCAGGGGUUCUGUAACUGUAAUGGCUCUUCCCAGCAGAAAAUCAGUGUGAUAUGAACUGGUUCAACAUGCAUAGAUUGUCUAAAUAAUGUUUUUUAUACGCUUUUGUAAGCCGCAAUGGCUACCAAUGGUUUAGAGGAAAAUUUGAUAAGUUGGAUCA